AUGGCGUGCAUUAAGAAACAUCAGGAUUCACCAAUUAAAUUUAAUGGUUGUGUGCUUUAUCAGUUGAUGCAACAAGGAUGGGUGAGGUAUUAUACUAAUGAAGAGCGAUUGCUUUUGGAUGAGUACCGGAGGCAGAAACAAGAAAAUAACAUAGAUGAUGUGAAGGAAAAGCUGCGCAUUUCAGAUAUGCGAAGAAAGGAGUUGCAUGAGGAUCUUACUGAAGUUCUGGAUAUGCAAGAAAGGAUUCUUAGUUUCAUUGAAGAGAAAAGACUAAAAGUUAAUGAAGUUGGUCUAAUGAACUUGACAGAAAGACAAGAUGACAAGGUUGAGGAGGAGCACAAGGAAGAAGAUGAUGAUGGUGAUGACAAUGACAAGGAGGAGCACAAUGAAGAUGGUGAUGUGCAUGAUCAUAAUUAUGAUGAUAAUAAUGAUGAUGAUGGUGAUGACAAUGACAAGGAGGGUAGCAAGGGUGGUGAUACGCAUGAUCAUGACAAUGAAAAAGAGGGUAGCAAAUGUGGUGAUGACGAGCAUGGAACUGAAUCUUAA